CUUCACUGUAUAACUUUUUUACCGUCUAUUAGAUGCCUCCAACCUGUGUUCCACUCCAAUUAAUGGUUUGGCUCUGUGGGCUCUGAUCUGCUCAAAGCUCACCAAUUCCAAAUCACAGGAGGCUCCCAAAGAACUCCGCCGUCUCGACGCCCUAGCCGCCGCCAAAACUCCACGCCGUAAUGGAACAUAAAGCUUUUCCCUUCCCUGCUCCUCUGCUUUUGCAACUUACUCUGUUUUUCUCAGUGAUCUUCUGCCCGGUGAAGGUGAUUUGCAUUGGAAUCAACUACGGACAGAUUGCGAACAACCUGCCGGCGCCGGAAAAUGCAGUUCAGCUAGUACAGUGCAUCGGAGCAACAAAAGUCAAACUCUACGACGCAGAUCCGAAAGUGCUCACAGCUUUCGCCAACACUUCCGUGGAGCUGAUAGUCAGCAUCGGCAAUGAAUACCUGCCGGAAAUGUCGGACUGUAAUAGAGCCAAAGACUGGGUGUUACAUAACGUGAUUUCACAUCUGCAAUGGACCAAAAUCACCGGUAUUAUAGUCGGGAACGAAGUCUUAACUUCCGGCAACGCCACUCUCCUCUUGCCCGCAAUAAGGAACGUUUACGAUGCUCUUGUAAGUCUAAAUCUCCAACACCAGAUCCAGGUCACCACCGCCCACUCCCUCGCCGUGCUGGAAGCGUCGUACCCGCCGUCGUCUGGGAGAUUCAAUUCAACCCUAGCCGCCUACUACAUUUGCGAGCUCCUCAAAUUCAGUAAUAUAACCGGGGCCCCGAUUCUCAUCAAUGCCUACCCGUAUUUCGCUUACCAGGCCGACCCGGAAAAUGUGCGGCUCGAAUACGCGCUGUUCCAGCCGAAUACAGGGACGAACGACAGAAAUGUUCACUACGACAACCUCCUAUUUGCCCAGAUUGACGCCGUCUACGCGGCGGCGGCGAAGAUGGGGUACAAUAACGUGUGCGUGCAGGUGUCGGAGACGGGUUGGCCGUCGAAGGGGGACCCCGCCGAGGCAGCAGCGACGAAGCAAAACGCCAUGACCUACAAUCGGAACCUCCUGAAUCUCGCUGCUCAGAACAAGGGGAGGACUCCAUUGAGUCCGGCCGGAUGUAAUUUGGAAGUUUCCGUGUUUGCGUUGUUCAAUGAGAACCAGAAGCCCGGCCCGCUCUCGGAGCGCAACUACGGACUGUUCAACGCCGACGGAUCGCCGGCGUAUCAGAUUGGAUCUUCCGCCUGCGGGAACACGAAUAGCUCAAUCGGUUCUGGACCUGCCUCUGGUACUUUUCCGCCGACGACAUUAUCUCCGACCGCAGGGAGCCCCGGGAACCUCUAUAUACCGAUUAGUUCCGACGCGGUGAGAGCACAUUUAUGCAUCAAACGGUUUGGGUGUGUUUUAAUGGUGGCCUUCCUAUGUUACAUAGCAUUGAACAAAAUGUAGCAGGCAGUAUAUAUGAUGAUAGGAAUCUUGAAUUGGCACUACAACUCUCUACCUCUACCUUGUUGCACGUGUUUCAGCAAGCCAGCCCUUAACAAGGGGCUUCAAUUCAUGUGCAUAUAUAUUCGUUUUCUAUGCUACUAUUUCAGUAUUUUGUUGCGGAGUAUGUAUGCUGUAGUGAUUUACGACUCACACAAGUCUUGCAUGCUUUCUUGUAUCAUUGUAUGUAGUAAUAACAAUAAAAAUAAAAAUAUAUUAUAAAAAGUCUUUCUCGCGCACACACCGACACACACACAUUAAUGUUCUAAAAGGUGUUCUAAAAGGCGCUAGGUGCUAGGCGCUAGUAAGGUGCCAUCCCAACGCCUAGGCGGCUAUGCGUGCGCUUAGAAAGAGACUAGUUGGAGACAUACUAGUUUAACUUCAUUAUGUAAUAAAUAUUAUGAAUGAUAGAGUUGUCGCAUUUAAAAAUAUACUAUUACUACGAGCUUAACUUUAUUAUGUAACCCUAG